AUGGAGGAUUUAAGCAUCUUGAAUUAUUUCAAAGUGAAGCAUAGAUCGUGCAAAGUUUCUUCUCCAAUUGAGGUAAGGUGGUGUCCUCCUAACCAAGAUGAAAUCAUGAUUUGCUGUGAUGGUGCGUCCCUUGGAAAUCCAGGCCCGGCUGGUGCUGGCGUUAGAUUUCGUGAUGCAAACGUAGCUAUUUUGGGAGUCCUCUGCGUUGGCCUGGGAUUGCAGACAAACUUUUAUGCGGAAGCGUGCGCAGUUAUAUAUGGUGCUAUGUUGGCUAGAAGGUGGAUUUUUAGGAGUAUCUGCGUACAAUAUGAUUCGAUGAGUUGCAUUCAAGCUUUUCAAAAUGAGGGUUUACCUUGGCAAUUAAAUCAGAAGUGGAGAUUGGUGAGGAGUUUCUACUCCAAUAUUCGCUACAUUCAUAAAUAUAGGGAAGUUAAUUUUUCUGCAGAUGCUUCGGCUAAGCAAGCCUAUUUGCUAGAUGAGGACAUUUUUGAGUUUUAUGAGGAGAGGCCAAUUUCUAUGCUUUCUGUAGAAUGGCCGGGUGAGGUUUAUUUCCGUUUUAAAUAG